GUGGCGUGUUGAAAAUUUGAAAUGAUUUGUGGUGAUGAAUUUAAUUCUUGGAGUGCAAAGUAUGGUAGAAUAUGUGUUGUGCUAGUUGAUGAAGUUUGGAGUUGUUGCUCUUGCUUUAAAUUUGAGAGCGCUUGAUGAUGCCAUGAUGCCAUAUGUUUAUGCCGGGAAAGAUCACUGUUUGGGCGGAGAAAAUCUUCCACAUUCAAACAAUUGAAUUCUGCAUUUUCUAUCUGAUGCAUAAUUGGAGCGGGGAAGUGAUUACAUGGUGAAGAACUUUUGCUCUUUUCCGAAGGCCAAUCGCAUCAUUCUUGCUUCAUCACCUGCCAGAAAGGUCCAUGGCAGUCGUCAAACCAGAGAUGAAGUCAUUUAUCUGGCUCCAAACUGCUGAUGGUUCAAUUCAACAAGUAGAGGAAGAGGUCGCAAUGUUUUGCCCUAUGAUUUGUAGAGAAGUUCUUCAAUCUGGCAUGGGUUCCUCCAAAAAUUAUGCAAUAACACUACCUCAAAGAGUAAAUCCUGCUAUCUUGGGCUUAAUACUGGAUUACUGCCGAUUCCAUCAAUUACCAGGUCGCUCUAAUAAGGAACGCAAAACUUAUGAUGAAAAGUUCAUCCGGUUGGAUACAAAUAAGUUAUGUGAGUUAGCUUCUGCUGCCGAUAGUCUCCAGCUGAGGCCUUUGGUUGAUCUUACCUGCCGUGCACUUGCUCGGAUGAUUGAAGGCAAAAGUCCUGAGGAAAUACGUGAAACCUUCCAUUUACCUGAUGACCUAACAGAGGAAGAGAAAUUGGAGCCCUUGAGAAAUAUGACUGACGAUCCACGGAUCCGACUUCUCAAUCGACUUUAUGCACGUAAAAGGAAAGAGUUAAAAGAAAAACAGAAAUUAAAGAAUGUCGAGGUGGAAGAAGAGCAGUGUUUGGAUGAGCGCUCCGUCGAUGAUCUUUUGUCAUUCAUAAAUGGUGGAGAUGGAGACACAAAAGGAGUACGAGCUAAUAAGAAUAAAAAGAAAAAUCGACGAAAGAAAGAUCAAGCUAAAAAUUCUUCAAGUAGUGAGCCUGGAAGCAACAGUAAGGAGCAUAAUUGUCUUCCCUCCAGCCAGCCAAGUGGUGCCACUGAUGACGUGCCUUCUCCAAGUAGAACUUCUAAGCAGCAAGGUUCUGCAUCUGCUAUACUGUCGCCUAAGCUUGACUUUGAUGACGGUGAUAUUGACGAUGAGUUAGAUCCCGCAAUGAAGGAAGAACUUGACAGGGAGGUUGAGGAUUUUGCUCGGAGGCUAAACUCCGUCUGGCCGGAGAGGAUGCAGGAGCUUCUAUCUUUGGGUCAAGAGCGGAGGCUUGUACCAAUAUCUAUGAAUGGUAAUGGUUCUCUUAGGAGAUGUACAGAAUAGCUGCCUGCCUUUUCGCAUCCAAGAUGAACAGCAACUCAAGAUUAUUAAUUUCGUGGGCGAGAGUGAAGAAAAUCUGAAUGUUGUAAGCAGGCUCGGUCAGGUGGGGGAUGAUGGCAAGGUGGUGGGCAGUCCUCUUAUCAAGUUUAAGAUGAGGUUAGUUAAAAUGGCGGCGGCAUAAUGUAAUUGGUGCGGUCUUGUUUACACACCUCAAUGCAUCAUGUACAAGUAUUCAUCUGGCUUGCUGAACUUUGAAAUUGAGUUCCAGAUCCAAGGUCAUCAGAAGUUUUUCCUUAGUGUAGGGGAGAGCAAAUGAAAAGGAAAUUCAGUUUGUGGUUUGGCAAGUCUUGAUUUCUCUAUACAUUUCCAUUUUCCCCACCCAAAAAAAAAUUUGAAAAUUCUUACAACCUGUUUGUGUUGGUAUUCUUUUUAACCAUUUUAGUUGAAAAUUGUGUCAUUACCACCCUAGUUUUUAGUAUUGUACUCAAUUUUUAUCCCAAUUCUAGUGUCUUGUUUCCUAUGGAAGUUAUAAAUGUAAUAUGAGCUCCCAUUUAACCUUUAGAAGGCUGCACUGGUCAAUAAUUUUGAUGGUUUGAACUGUUGUGUAAUGAUUUCUAUCAUUCAAUGAAAUAACAGUUGCGUAUUUCUGCA